AGAAAGAGUUGAAUAGGUUAUCGUUCCUCGAGACUGCAGUUUGAUAAAUAACAUUUAAAGAAUGACUAAAAAGAAUUCUAAGAAAAUGAGUAAGAAUAAUUAUGUUAACCCUGGCACCAAUUAGCUCAUAAUACGGUACUGUAUUUACCUCUGAUAACGGUUUGAGAGGAAAACCGAUCAAAUAACCUUGAAUAAAAUACAAAUUUAAUUUAAAAUCUAGUGAUUAAAGUAUAUUUGCAAUAAGAUAAAAGAUAACAACUAUAGUGAUAAUCAAUAAUGAGGAACAUUUAAAUAAGAAAGAUCCAUUAAAAUAAAAUUUUUUAUUUAAAGUUGUAUUAUCUAAAAAUUUCCACGGCCGUAUCGAUUGAAACAUUAAAUAACUAGCAACGUUUUACCAACGUGUAAUCAGUCGUGUUAUUGUUCUAACGUUGGAAGGAAUCAUGUCGGAUAAACCCCAAGAUUUGACUCUAAAUUAUAUUGAUAUAGGAGGUAUGCGAAUAAGAUAUAAAAAUAGGAAUGAAACUUUCACGGAAGAUCAAUUGGUAAGCACAGAUCCGAUUGAACAAUUCAGAGCAUGGUUUACAGAAGCAUGUCAUACGCCGUAUAUAGCCGAACCAAAUGCUGCAUUUCUUGGAACUGCAACUAAAGAUGGCUUUCCAUCUGUAAGAGCAGUACUAUUAAAAGAUUAUAAUGCGGAAGGUUUUAAAUUUUAUACUAAUUAUCAUAGCAGAAAGGGUAGAGAAAUAGAAGAAAAUCCUAAUGUUGCAAUGACCCUCUACUGGGAACCAUUACACAGAGCUAUACGAAUAGAGGGAAUAGCUGAAAAAACUUCAGCUGAAGAUUCAGAUAGAUAUUUUCAUAGUCGACCAUAUCCUAGUCAAAUAGGAUCGAUAGCAAGUCAUCAAAGUUCCGUCAUUGCUAACAGGAAAACUCUUAUCGUGAGAGAAAAGGAAUUACUUGCUACGAAUACUAAAGAAACAGUUAAAAGACCAGACUAUUGGGGUGGUUACUUAAUUAGACCAAAGUCAAUAGAAUUUUGGCAAGGGCAAAGUGAUCGCUUGCAUGAUAGAAUUGUUUUCAGAAAGUCAAAACCUAACGAAAAAAUUGAUAAUAUUUUCGUUCACGAAGGAAAAAAUGGUUGGGUGUAUGAAAGAUUAUCGCCUUAAUAAUUAGAAUUUGUUGUAAUUAGUUAUAUAUUUGUCUUCCAAUGCUUUUAAAUUUCAAUUAGAUUACAUAUACAUAUUCUUCUUAUUUUUAUUUUAUUUUUUUUUAAGCCAGGAAAGCUUUAAUAUCUCCCUUUGUAGGCCUAAAAUAAACAAGUAUAAAAUAAUAUUAUGAUAUUACUUAUAGAGAGAGAGAGAGAGAAAAUUGUUAUGAAUAUUAGAAAAAAUAUAUUUUCAGCAAUUGUUACUAACC